AACACAGUAAAUCCACUCCCACUUCCUCCCACACACAUCUCAGGGGAUCAGGCUGUUUAGCGAACCAGAGAACAAGAAGGAAUUCCAGAGCAGGAAGAAGAAUUUGUUCUCCAUGUUGUUAAAAGGAGCUGGCUUGUUUUUGCAGGACUUGGUGUUUAUUGUGGCUUACUGGAAAUUGCUAUCUGCUGUUUUCUUGGAUUUCUGUAAGUUCCGCAGUACAACAAGGUUCAACAAAUCAUAUGACAAAUGAUGUGCCUUUUUCAUACAAGGGGAAGCCAUGAAGUUUACCAGGGAAGACAGCGGUAAGAAAAUGAGCUGCCUAAGUAUUUGGCUCAUUUUGUGCUUGUCUCUAAGAACCUGUAUAUCAAGUCCUCCAAAACCCAAUUUUUUACUGAUACUGGCUGAUGAUCUUGGCAUUGGAGAUAUGGGUUGUUAUGGCAAUGAUACUAUCAGGACACCUCAUAUUGAUGGUCUGGCAAAGGAAGGAGUGAGACUUACACAGCACAUUGCUGCAGCUGCUGUCUGUACUCCCAGCAGAGCAGCCUUCCUGACUGGCAGAUACCCCAUCAGAUCAGGCAUGGCAUCCAGCACAGAACGGCGCAUUCUUUUUUGGAAUGGGUGUUCUGGUGGACUGCCACCAAAUGAAACUACUUUUGCCAGAGUACUGCACGAGCAAGGUUAUUCUACAGCACUUGUGGGGAAGUGGCAUUUGGGUGUGAACUGCAAAUCCCACCGUGAUCACUGCCACCACCCUUUAAAUCAUGGCUUUGAAUAUUUUUACGGCAUGCCUUUUACUCUUCUGAAUGAGUGUCAAGGCACAGAUGAUCCUGAACUGGCCAAGUCUUUGCAAGAUACAUAUUUGCUUUAUACACAGAUAAUCUUCCUGGCAGUGUUUACGCUUUUGUUUGGAAAACUUACCUGCUUAUUCUCAGUAAAAUGGAAAAUAAUAGUAUGUGUUACCAUCUUUGGUCUCCUGUAUUUCCUUUCCUGGUUCUCCAGCUAUGGAUUCACCAAGUACUGGAACUGUAUUCUGAUGAGAAACCAUGAAAUCACAGAACAACCAAUGAAUCUAGAAAAAACUACUUCUAAUAUGCUGAAGGAGGCAGUUUCAUUCAUUGAAAGAAACAAACGCAGACCAUUUCUUCUCUUUUUUUCCUUCUUACAUGUUCACACCCCACUCAUUACCACAAAGGAGUUUCUGGGAAGAAGCAGGCAUGGCCUGUAUGGAGAUAAUGUAGAGGAAAUGGACUGGAUGGUGGGUAGGCUUCUGGAUGUUAUUGACAAAGAAGGCUUGAAGAACACCACAUUUAUUUAUUUUGCAUCUGAUCAUGGAGGAUCUGUAGAGGCUCACAGAGGAAAUGCCAGAUUGGGUGGAUGGAAUGGUAUCUAUAAAGGUGGAAAAGGAAUGGGAGGCUGGGAAGGAGGGAUCCGUGUUCCAGGAAUAAUUAGAUGGCCAGGAGUGUUGCCUGCAGGCAUAGUUAUCAGCGAACCAACAAGCAUUAUGGACAUUUUUCCAACAGUGGUUCACUUGGCUGGAGGGAUAGUGCCUCAGGACAGGGUAAUCGACGGGCGCACCUUGCUGCCGUUACUGCAGGGAACACUGCAGCACUCUGAGCAUGAGUUCAUGUUUCACUACUGUGGUGUGGUUUUGCAUGCAGUACGGUGGCACCAGAAAGACAGAGGUACCGUAUGGAAAGCUCAUUAUGCUACUCCACUGUUCCAACCAGAAGACUCUGGAGCUUGCUUUGAAAGAGGAAUUUGCCCAUGUUUUGGAGAUGGUGUAACCCAUCACGACCCUCCACUGCUGUUUGAUCUGUCACAGGAUCCGUCAGAGGAAAAUCCCCUAGCCAUGGACACCGAGCCUUUCUUUGAUUCAGUAAUGAAGAGAAUAGGGAAAGCUGUAGAAGAGCACCGUAAGACCCUGACCCCAGUCCCACAGCAGCUGUCUCCUUACAGUAAUAUGUGGAAGCCAUGGUUGCAGCCAUGCUGUGGCACAUUUCCAUUCUGUUGGUGUGACAAAGAAAGCGAGAAAGCCAAUGACACACUUUAAUACCAAAAUCGAUUUAGUUUAAAAAAAAAAACAAAAAAAAGUAGCAAUUUUCACAUCCACAUGACUACAGUCAUAUAGAGAUGGGGGACAAAUUACACCAGAGUAAUUGAAAGGGACAUUCGUGAUGCUUUUUGUUCAAUCUAAGCCUGUAGUUUUAAGCUGUUUUUUUUUUAAAGAAAUGCUCCAAACACGCUCUGCUGAUGUGAACUGUAAAUUCUAUGCCUCUAAUGGAUAGUUCUAGAUCAGAUACACAGAUAACUGAACCGAAGUGUCUUCCCCUACUGAUUUUCAACUUAACAAAAUUAUGAAUUACAAGAGAUUAAACUUGAAUUGCUGCUGUGUUGCAGGUAAUACGCUUGUUAAGGCAACAGGUCUGUGCCCAAAAGGAUCUCUCUUCAAGGUCUUAUCUUUUUAAUGAAAAGGCUGUUAUGUGCUUUACAGCACAGUUGUGCAUUUAAUUUGGAAACACACUAAAACACAGUGGCCUCUAAGAAAUAAAAACAUUCUAGUUUAUAGCAGUAUUUUGCCUCAUCUUUACAUUUACUUAUCUGCCAUGUAAGAGUUUCUGGAGAAGAGGGGAAAAAAACCCAACAAACCAACACUGAUAAAUGUGUUUUAAAAAUUAGGUAGCUAAAGUUACAAUUCCAAAUCCAGCAUUUAAGCAUCUAGCUAUUCUGAAAUGCUAAACCACUGCAAUUCCAACUGACACGCAGCUUCCAUGUUAAAUGAGCUCCCCUGUAGGAGCAUUGAAAAUCAUCAUCCAGCUGCCUGGACAAGAUAGUCCCAAAUUUCACAAUCCCCGAGACCAAUCUAUCUGUAAGCUGCAUGUCCCACUUCGGCAUGAAUGCUCCUGAUUUUAUGGGAGUGUUGAAAUGCCCCCAUUAAAAAUGUGCUUUGUUUUGGAAGACAGUACUUUGGUUUCAGUAGGUGUUAAAAAAUCCCCUGCACACACUAAUCACUUCAGUGUACAGGUCACAUCCUAUGAGCCGAACAAGUGUCAGCACUCUGCACAGUCAUUAGGGAAAGGUAGGGAAUUAAAAUAUCUAAUCCUCUCUUACUGCCCUCUGGUUAACUGCAUUCAUCUCUCAAUAUAUAAUCCUGACCAGGUUCUUGCAGGGGUUUUGUGUCAAAUCCAGUUUUUAGGCAGAGGUUGCUGCAUUCUCCGGCUCAAAAAAAGAAGUAAAUUGUGUGGCGGAGACUCAGAUUCAAAGCUCUAAACCUUCCUGAACACUGUGACUUCAUUCCUACUGCUUAGCUGAAUGUCAGCAAGAUUUCAAAGGCAGCACAGAAAG